UUAUAUUUAGAUUAACGUUAAUAUUUCAACAACUUACUUUGGUCUAUCAUAUACUACUACAACAACAACAAAAGUGUUCGUUAUUUUUUAGAAAUAAAAAAGUGCGCGUUAACCUGGUCUCCGCCCCACCUGCUGGCAGGGCGGCCGCGGCGCGGAAAGAGAUGCUAGAGAGCGCGAGUGGACGAAUGAUGCAUCAGGCCAUCACAUCAGCUCAGAUAGCCCACUGGUUUACUGUCGGGGUACAGUUUGCAAACAUCACAAUCACCGACGAAGUGAAAAAGGAGGCCGAAGCUCCUGCUACUGCAGACAGCUCUGUGGAGCAGUUGUCUGAACAGACUUCUCCAGAGAAGGCCGGAUCAGAUGGAGGAAACCAGAAGAGCAGGAGGCCAGAACUACCAACCAGUCCAGGAACCACCCCGCCUUCACUUGGCAGUUAUGAGUAUCCAAUUCUCCCUAUUACUAAGAACAGACAAGAGUUGGUCUCUCUGAUUGAGAAUAACUCUGUGAUCAUCAUUCGUGGAGCGACAGGCAGUGGGAAAACCACCCAGCUGCCACAGUUCAUUUUGGAUCACUAUGCUGAAAAAAAGACGCCCUGUAACCUGGUUGUCACUCAGCCUCGCAAAAUUGGCGCCACCAGCAUUGCCCGCUGGGUGGCACGUGAACGCAAAUGCACCCUGGGCAGCUUGGUGGGGUAUCAGGUGGGUUUAGAGAAGAUGGCCACAGAGCACACCAAGCUGAUUUAUGUGACCACCGGAGUCUUACUGCAGAAAUUAGUGUCAUCGAAAACCCUCACAGAGUACUCUCACAUCUUCAUAGAUGAGGUCCAUGAGAGAACAGAAGAACUUGAUUUCCUGUUGCUGGUUGUCAGAAAACUGCUGCGGACCAAUUCCAGAUAUGUCAAGGUCAUUCUGAUGUCAGCCACCAUAAACUGUGCAGAGUUUGCAGAGUAUUUUGGUACUCCGAUCCGCAAUCAGAUGAAUCCAGCAUACGUGUUUGAGGUAGAAGGAGCCCCAUACGCCAUUGAAGAGUUCUACCUGGAUGAGCUCAAAACCAUCCUACCUCUUGGAAUCAAUGUGGACCUAACCUUCCCAGUAGACCCUUGUAUCACAGAGGAGAUGUAUAACGUUGCCGUCUCUCUCAUCCAGAGCUUUGAUGAGAUGGAGGCUAAAGAUCAAAGGUGCUCUGAGCAAACUGGAAGUGCUACUCAUCCAGAGAGAGGUAGUGUGCUUGUCUUUCUGCCUGGGCUUGCUGAAAUACAGUAUAUGAAGGAGGCCCUCGCAAAACUUGUGCGCAAGAGGUUGCAGGUAUAUCCUCUUCACUCAACUGUCACUUUAGAGGAGCAAAAUGGAGUGUUCCUGGUUCCUGUACCUGGAUACCGGAAGAUUAUUCUCUCCACAAACAUCGCUGAGAGUUCUGUCACUGUGCCUGACGUUAAAUAUGUGAUUGACUUCUGCCUUGUGCGUCAGUUGGUUUGCGAUAAGGAGACCAAUUACAGAUGUCUUCGAAUCACCUGGGCAUCCAAGACCAGUUGCAACCAGCGUCGAGGUCGUGCUGGACGGGUGUCUAAAGGCUUCUGUUACAGAUUGGUGAGCAGGCAUUUCUGGGAGCAUGAGAUUCCGGAUUUCACUAUCCCAGAGAUGCUGCGAUCACCAUUGGCCAGUACCUUGUUGAAGGUGAAGUUGUUGGAUAUGGGCGAUCCCCGCUCAGUUCUCUCCACAGCCCUCACACCACCCAACCUAAAUGACAUCGAAAGAACUGUCCUGCAGCUCAAACAGAUUGGAGCUCUUUCUGUGCAGAGCAACAGUCAGAGGCAAUUUGAUGGCGAGUUGACAUUUCUGGGUCGUGUGUUGGCGCACCUGCCUGUGGAUCUGCAGCUGGGCAAGCUGAUUGUUUUUGGACAUGUGUUCGGCUGUCUGGAGGAGUGUCUUAUCAUUGCUGCGUCUCUCUCUCUGAAGAGUUUCUUUGCCAUGCCAUCACUGCAGCAGUUGGCUGGGUACAGGAGCAAGCUGAGCUUUGCACAAAAUGUUCCAAGUGACUUAAUUGCUUUCGUCAAUGCCUUCAAGGCCUGGUACACAUCUAGAGCUAAAGGAGAGCUCAGACACCCAAAGGAUGAACUGGAAUGGGGCAAAGAGAACUGCAUUCAGAUCAAACGAAUCCGAGAGGUGGCAGAGCUCUUUGAGGAUCUAAAGAAGAGGGUGUCCAAAUUUAACAUGCACAUCAGCAGCUCCUCAAAUCCCACAGACUACACCAGCCUGCACAAACAGAGAUUCAUCCUGCAGGUAGCCAUUGCGGGAGCAUUCUUUCCAAACUAUUUCUCUCAGGGAGAGAUUGAUGAGCAGCUGGCAUCUAAGGAACUUUCUGGAAAUGAUCCAAAGACCACAAUUAUGAUUAGGAAUUUGCCUCCAUUUGCAUUCCUGUGCUAUAAGCAGCUGCAGUCACUGUUCCGUCAAUGUGGACAGGUCAAAUCAAUCUGUUUCGAUGGAUCCAGAGCGUAUGUGGAGUUUUAUCGCUCUUGUGUGAGGGAAACAGGUGUGUUACCUGAGGUCUUGUUGGCACUGCUGCGAGCACGGCAAACUCCAGCGCUCCAGCUGCAGGUGCACCACGCAGACGAGGUGGAGGCCCACGCUAAAGGAAAGCCCAUCACACACCUACGUUACACAAGGUAGCUGCAAGUCCACGAUACACACAGACCUCAUCAAAGACGCACGGGGGGCUUUAUUUUGAAGAUUUUUUUUGGGGUUUUAUUGUUUGUUUGUGGGGGUGAUGUGUGUGUUGUUGGAGUUUUUGGAAGGUUUUUAAAUAGAGAUAUAUUUUAGUGUUGAUGGGAUUUUAUCAUUAACAUCACAGAGGUGAUCGAUGUUGGACAUUUUUGGGGCUUUCGGACAGAUGAGAGCAGUGUCGAGAAACAGUGUCAGUUAACAGCAGCCCUAAACAUAAGAGAUCUGAGACCUGUAUCUGUCUCUCUCUAUCCAAACCUGCUGUGUGUGGCCCCUUUCAAAGAUGGACAGCAAAUGGCCAAAUACUAUCGAGCCAAAGUACUGCACAUCCUUGGCAGCAACGUAGAGGUGUUUUAUGUGGAUUUUGGUAACACCUCUGUGGUCCCAUGCAGCAGUCUGAGAGAGCUCCCAUCUGACCUCAUGACUCCUCCCUUUCAAGCACAGGAGUUUUGCAUCGCAGGCAUGGGUCCGUCUGCGCAUUCGCUGAUUCUGGGUGGUCGCUGGAGCAGCCGGGCACGUAACCGUUUUAAGACGCUCACGAGCGGCCGCUCUGCCAUUGUGUCCCUUUACUCCAUUCUGCACGGCGUCAUGCGUGUCGACCUGCACAUCUCUAUGGAGGCGGGCGAUGUCAGUGUGGCAGACCUUCUGGUGCAGGAGGGACACGCCUGUCACAUACCUGAAAGCUUUGAGAGUCAGCAGUCCCAUGAGGUUCUGAUAUCUCUGUAUGAGGACAUGGCCAGUGGCAGAUUCACCCCUAGUUCUACUAGUGGUUCAUUGAACAGCAGGAUGGAGGAAGACAAGCUGCUCAUCAACGAGCUCCUUCAGCACUUUUGUGCCUCUAGCAGCAGUGCCCCCAAGUGCAAGGCUUUAGUUUAUGGUCCCAGCAGCCCACAUAAGGUCAGCUUUCACAGCAUGAGCAGGAUCAGCAACUUCAGGGCUGUUGGCAUUGAGAGGGACGGUAUUAACUCAGUAAUGGUGAAUGAAAGUCCACAGAACUGGCAUGAGAGGAUGUUGGUGGCUGCAACUGUGUCUCUCAGCGCAUCAGGUUCUCGUAUCUUGCUGAAGGAAACAUCUCUGAUGCCUCAUAUCCACGGCCUUCCCUCCAUUAUUACUAUGCUCUUCACCCCUGUCAUGGAACUUCGUACUAAUGAGGACAGGACCUGUUUUACUGGUGCGCUGUGUGGACUGGGCUGGAACUCUGUUUCCCAAAAUGCAGUGCUGCCUGAACAUGACAUUGAGCUUGCCUUUGAUGUCAAGUUUGAAAUUGAGGACAUCACAGAGAUAAAUGCUUUGAGAGGCACAGUGAACAAGCUGGUGUGUGACGGACCAAAUGGCCUGACAAAUCUGAGUCCUGAAAAGAUCAGCAGCCUUCAGGAGGAGGCCCGGGAACGACUUGUUGGACUGUUCAUUAAAAACCCUCCCAGACCAGAGUGUACACCUGUGUACUAUGAGAAAUUCAAGAAAUGGAACCAGGUGGAUCGCUCCCAGCAGAUGGAGCUACAGGAGAAGGAUGAUGGGAAAUCCAAAGGUGUGCUAUUUCAGCUCCAUCCAAUCACCUUACUGAACAUGUGAGGAGCAUCAUACACAAGAAUCUAGAUGAUGGAAAAGCUUGAAUGUUACUUCUAUUAAAUGUGCAGUAUUUUAGUUUUGCUAGUCAUUUUUGUUACUUGAAAAAGGAAAUUUUAUUUGCUCAAUGCAGGGUUCAUCAAUCUGUUUUGGAAAAAUAUUAUUUGACUGCACUUUUUUGGUUCUUAAGAAACGCAUCUAAUUUUGAUGUUAUGUUUUAAAUCGGUGUCUGUUUUAAUUUACCUGUAAGCCGAGUUGAUUGUUGUUGCUGUAGUUGAAUGUGUACAGUAAAUAAUUUGUUCAAA